GCUUAAUAGCAAUACCAGAGAGUGUACUAUAUACAAAACUAUUCAUAAUUCUCUACAUGAAUAUAUUAACCUAGGAUGAAGACCUAUCUGUACAUGUAAUAAAAUAAAACAAUAAUCUACAAAUAAAACUAUAAUGAUGACAAAAUGGAUGUGCUCUAACACUAAAGUAAGGAUAAUACUAUCAUGCUUUAUUUGUAUUGCUAUUAUCGGCAUACUUUCACGGACAAUGAUGGUGCAAUAUGUACUUGUGCUCACAAACCAUUCAUAUCAUAUGUAUGACAGAACCAUGAACAAACUAGUACAUGAUUGGACAAAUGAUGAGGAAACAAGAACUUAUAAAACUGAAGAACAUGUGUACGAUAAACAUCAUCACAAAGGUUGCAAGAGAGAUAAAAAUUCACCAUCAUAUUUAAGUGGAAUCUUUACCGAGCCAUCUGUUCAACUUGACUUUGAUAAGAGAAUUUUCUCAUAUAACGUAAGUGUUGACUUUGAGACCUUCUCUGUUAGGAUUUGGUCAGUUGCAGAACAGUGUGACAGUGAAGGAUGGAUCAGAGGAAAGAAGGGCAAAAUAAGAGGGAAUUAUGUGCUGGGACUCCAGACAACUGUGAUUGAAAUUGUGGUAUUUGAUGUAAGUAAAGACCCUCCAGUGAAUACCACACGAUAUAUACUGAAUAUAAGCCGAGAACCAAGGAGUCUGCUACAUCAUGAAGAUUUCCAAACAGAAGACUUGAAUAAGUUGAAGGUUUGCAUGUUGAGACAGGAUUGUGACCGGCUGAUCUACCCUAAUGAGCCAUGUGGACUGCAAAGGAUGGGUUACAACUCAUGGCAAUCUACAAAGAACCAUGUCAAAAAUUUUGCAGACUGUCUCUCUGGGAAUGAGCCAGGGGCCUGGUUGGUACCAUGUAUAGACUGCAAUGAUGAUAAGAAAUGCUAUUGGAAUGAAGCAAUAUGGCAGCCAAACAACUGUUCCUACCAUAGUCCUACCCUAAAACAAAUACAACACAGUUUUCAAGGAAAAAAGGUUCUUUUCCUGGGAGAUUCAACUCUCCGUGGAAUGAUGUAUUUUCUGAUUGAAGCUGUGA